ACCGUCCGCCGUCGCCAUUGUGUAAUCGCUGCUGCAGUUCAUUGUCGUGUUGUGGUCCGUCUCCGAUCUCUCUCGUUGCUCUUUCUCGUUCAUCACUCAACGGCCUUUCGUUUCGUCUUUUGAUUUGUCAAGUCACAGCUCACGCGUAUUGAACCAUGGCUCGUACUAAGCAGACCGCUCGUAAAUCUACUGGAGGAAAAGCUCCCCGUAAACAGUUGGCCACCAAAGCCGCCCGCAAAAGUGCACCUUCCACUGGUGGAGUGAAGAAACCUCAUCGUUAUCGUCCAGGUACUGUGGCUCUCCGUGAGAUUCGUCGUUACCAAAAGUCCACCGAGUUGCUGAUCCGCAAGUUACCGUUCCAACGUUUGGUCAGAGAAAUUGCCCAAGAUUUCAAGACAGACUUGCGUUUCCAAAGUGCAGCUAUUGGAGCUUUGCAGGAGGCCAGUGAAGCAUACUUGGUCGGUUUAUUUGAAGACACCAAUUUAUGCGCUAUCCACGCCAAACGUGUCACCAUUAUGCCUAAAGACAUUCAAUUGGCUAGACGUAUCCGUGGUGAAAGAGCCUAAUUCAUCCAUCACAUUCCUCUCAACUGUAUUUUUUUUUCGUUUGACAAUUUUCCUGGGUUAUCUUUUUACAUAUACAUUUUUUUUUCUAAAAAAAAAAUAACAAGAACUAGCUAUACUAUAAAUAUGUGUGUGUGUGUGUAAUAUUAAUUUGUAGGAAACCUUAUUUUUUUUUAUACAUAUUUAAUUAUAAGUAAGUGUUCAUUUAAGGAAACAAUAUUUUUGAGCGACAGUAGCAGCAUUUUAUAAUACAUAUAGUAAAUGUUAUAUUUCAAGUCGUUCAAAAAACUUCUUUUUUUUAAUAACUUCAUAAUAUACUUAAUACAUUUUGAAUAAAUAGGCAACUAAGUAAAUUAUAUGUAAUAAUUCAUUAAUCAUACAAUUUAAACCAUAUUUAGUUAUUAUAUGCUACUUUAUGUUUUAAUUGUAACAAAUAAUUCUGUUGCUUAAGAAUUUAGUUUUCAAAAUAUAAGACAUUUUUUUUAA